GGAACUGAAGGUCCGGGAAGUGUCGGGGCAGCAGAUCAACGUCCACAGAUCAGAGGGUCACAGACUGGGUCAGACUGGGACACAGCAGCAGGAGCAGUGGACGGAGCUCAGUAUUGAUCCCUGCAGCCGGAGACAGACAUGGAGGACGGGGUGAUCGAUCUCCCCAGCGGUCCCCUGGACGUCUACAGGACCAGAGCCUCCUUCAGCUGGAAGGACAUGCUGCUCUUCAUCGAUGGGGAGGACAUCGCUGCGUUCAAGCAACACGUGUUCAAGACUCUGGAGAACGACCCUCUGUUCGCCCGUCAGCCUGGAGAAGACAUCCCCAUUGAGAAAAAGAGAGAACUGACUUUCCUCAGGGUGAAGCAGCUCUUUCGCUAUAACUUUGUGACAAAAGAAGAGACAAUGGAAAACCCCUGGAAGAUCGCGAUCCUAGAGGACUGCUUUGGCAUGUAUGACUGGGGCGUCGGGGCCAAGUACUUCCUCAGCAAAGGGAUGUUUGGAGGAACCGUCGCCAAUUCAGGUUCAAGUCGACACAACAAAUACGUUGAAAGCACUGAAGACAUGACGACGUUCGGGUGCUUUGCACUGACUGAGCUGAGUCACGGCAGCAACACCAGAGCCAUGAGGACCACCGCCACUUACGACCCCUCCACCCAGGAGUUUGUGAUCAAUACUCCAGACUUCGAAGCGGCCAAGUUCUGGGUGGGAAACCUUGGUAAGACGGCCACCCACGCAGUGGUGUUUGCUCAGCUCUACACGCCUGACCGGGUUUGCCAUGGCCUGCACUCCUUUGUUGUCCCGGUCAGAGAUCCCAAAACCCUGCUGGCUCUGCCCGGUGUGCUGGUUGGAGAUAUGGGCAAGAAGCUAGGACAGAACGGGCUGGAUAACGGGUUCGCCUUGUUCCAGAACGUGAGGAUCCCCCGGGAGAACCUUCUGAACCGGACAGGAGACGUUACCCCCGAUGGCCGCUAUGUGACACCGUUUAAGGACCCCAACAAGCGCUUCGGGGCGUCUCUGGGUGCGCUCUCAGGAGGAAGGGUGUACAUCGGCAGGAUGGCGCUCACCAACCUGAAGCUGGCUCUGACCGUGGCCCUCCGCUUCUCUGCCACCAGGAGGCAGUUCGGACCCAAAGACACGGACGAGGUUCCAGUUCUGGAGUACCAGCUACAGCAAUGGCGUCUGAUCCCCUACCUGGCAGCAGCGUAUGCUCUCGAGUUCUUCACCAAGUCCAUCUUCAUGAACUUCCUGGAGUUCCAGGUUGGCCAGAUGAUGGGGGGCAGCAGUGACAGACAGGCGGAUAUGGGCCGGGAGAUCCACGGCGUGUCGUGCGCCAGCAAACCCCUGGGCUCGUGGACGGCUCAGAGGGGGAUCCAGGAGUGCAGGGAGGCCUGUGGGGGGCACGGAUACCUGGCCAUGAACCGGCUGGGUGAGUUACGAGACGACAACGACCCAAACUGCACGUAUGAAGGAGACAACAACGUGCUGCUGCAGCAGACCGGCAACUACCUGCUCGGCUGCCUCCACGCCAAACUGCGCGAUGGAGUUCGGAUUGAGUCUCCGUUCCACACCGUGGACUUCCUGGACGACUACGAGAGCAUCCUGGGAAGCAGGUUCACCGCCACCACAGUGAAGGAGUGUUUGGACUCUGAAGUUCCUCUGGCAGCUUACAGGUGGCUGGUGUGUUUCCUCCUGCGGGAGAGUCAGAAGAGGCGCGAGAGGGAGGCAGCGGCGGGAAAUGAGUUCCAGGCUCAUAACAACAGCCAGGUGUACUUCUGCAGGUCCUUGGCCAUCACCUUCAUAGAACACAGCUGUCUGCAGAGGUUCCAUGAGGUGACCAGGGACCAGGACACGCCGGCCGCUCUCAGGCCGGUCCUGGGCCGGCUCUGUGCCCUGUACGGACUGUGGAGCCUCAGUAAUCACAUGGCAACGCUGUACCAGGGGAGCUACUUCAGCGGGAGUCGGCCUGUGGAGUUGGUCCAGACGGCCGUCCUCACUCUCUGCUCGGAGCUGAAGGAUGACGCUGUAGCGUUGGUGGAUGCGAUGGCACCGACUGAUUUCAUCCUCAACUCUCCCAUCGGCAAUGCAGAUGGACAGCUCUACAAGAACCUGUGGUCCACGAUGAUGCAGGGCAGCCGGGUUCUGGAGCGUCCGUCCUGGUGGAGAGAGUUCUGCUCCGACAAACCCGCCGUCGGAUCUCUGCGUCCGAAGCUUUAGGGGCCGGACCAGCGCCAAGGAUCCGUGCCUGAGUGUCCGUGCCUGAGCAUCCGUGCCUGAGCGUCCGUGCCUGAGCGUCCGUGCCUGAGCGUCCGCGCUGCACAAUUGCCUGAGCUCACAGACUGCCAUUCAUCACUAAUCAGGAAUGUGUCUAACUUUUGACAAAGUAGAAAGUUUAAACGACUGAAUAACCAACCACAACACUGGGUACCGAUCAAGACGUCGCAGUUCUACAACCAGUACUCGAGUUGAGGGGGGAUGAGGGGGGAUGGCAUCACCCCUGAAAUAAAAACGGUCCAAAUCAUCCCCCUCUGUAAAACUGCCAUCCCUCCUUUCCAUCCCUUAUGUCAUUUCAUCAAUGAAUGUGGUUUUACUGCUAUUUCAACAUUUAGAGUCAUCACCAGGAAAAUAACUUAUUUGACAAUUUUCACCUGUUU